AUCAUCGCCGUCCGUCGAAUCCGAAAAGCUUCACCAAGAGCUCGACCCCGCCAACUCUCGAGGCGAUCUAUAUUCAAGCGAACUACGGGAAAGAUUCACAAUGGCGGGCGCUGCGAGAGCCCUCAACUGGAUGUACCGCAUGGCGGUGCCGGCCUCGGCCGCCUUCUUCAUUGGCAGCCAGGCCAUCUACGAUGUCAAGGGUGGAACGCGGGCAGUCAUCUUUGAUCGAGUGAGCGGUGUCAAGGAGACUGUUAUCAACGAGGGCACUCACUUCCUGGUCCCCUGGCUGCAGAAGAGCAUCAUCUUUGACGUGCGGACCAAGCCCAGGAAUAUCGCAACCACAACGGGCAGCAAGGAUUUGCAGAUGGUUAGCUUGACCCUGCGAGUGCUGCACCGGCCAAGCGUCAAGGCCCUCCCCAAGAUCUACCAGAACCUCGGCAUCGACUAUGAUGAGCGAGUCCUCCCCUCCAUCGGAAACGAGGUCCUCAAGUCCAUCGUCGCCCAGUUCGACGCCGCAGAGCUCAUCACCCAGCGAGAGGCCGUCUCUGAGCGCAUCCGCGCCGACCUGACCCGCCGCGCCGCCGAGUUCAACAUUGCCCUGGAGGACGUGUCCAUCACCCACAUGACCUUCGGCCGCGAGUUCACAAAGGCCGUCGAGCAGAAGCAGAUUGCCCAGCAGGACGCCGAGCGAGCACGCUUCAUCGUUGAAAAGGCCGAGCAGGAGCGACAGGCCAACGUCAUCCGCGCCGAGGGAGAGUCCGAGUCUGCCGACGCCAUCAGCAAGGCCAUUCAGAAGGCUGGUGAUGGCCUCAUCCAGAUCCGAAAGAUUGAGGCCAGCCGAGAGAUUGCCGCCACUCUGUCGUCGAACCCCAACGUGGCGUACCUGCCUGGUGGAAAGCAGGGCGGUCAGUAUCUUCUGUCGGUGGGCAAGGCUUGAGAAGUGAAUGUAUCAUGUAAAGAAAGGGAAAGGAAAUGAUUGGGAACUCCCCGCUUAUCGUUGGUAAUGAAUGGCUAUUCAUGAGCGCCGACUCUGUAUUUUUAGAACGAGACAAGACGGGAAUACCAACCCUAUCUCGC